AUGAAAUUAGUGAUAUUGAUUGCCAUUUUACUGAUCUCCAAGCACAGCUGGGCUUACGAUAACCCAGACCCAGUCAUUAGAGAGAACAGGAAUGCAGAAAUUCCAUAUCUGGAGAAUCCAGAAGGAAGACCAUAUGUAGUUUCUCAUAGAGGUGCUUGUGGAACUCUCCCUGAUCAUUCUACUGCAGCAUACGCUACAGCGUAUUUUGAUGGGACUGAUUUUGAUGAGCCUGAUCUCCAAGUUACCAAAGAUGGAGUUCUCUUCGUGAUGCAUAAUCUUUGUAUGAAGGAAACUACUAAUAUUGCAGAUCUACCUCAGUUCGAUGAUAGAAGAUCUGACGUACUCCAUAUUACUAAUGAGACAACCUUCAAAUGAACUGAUGAUUACAUAGUAAACGAUUUUACAUGGCAAGAACUUAUCGAUGCAGGGCUGAAAGUUAGAAAUAGAUAUAAGAGCAGAAAUCACUUCUAUGAUGAUCUCUAUCCUCCGAUGAGACUUGAAAAUGCAAUCGAACUUAUGUUGGAGCUUAAUGAAAAGUCCCCGAAGCAAGGACGCAAAUUUAAAACAGGGCUUUAUAUUGAGACCAAAGCUGUCAGAUUCUAUAAAGAAAAAAGAAAUGUUGAUAUUGCUAAGAUUCUUUAUGACACUUUGGAAAAAUAUGAUCUUCAUACAGUUGAGAAAGCAACUGAGAAGCUCCCCAUCUUCAUUGAAUCAUUUGAACAAGAUUCUCUGUUAUAUUUUAAAUCAAAGACAGAUCUUCCUACAGUACAACUGAUGACGAGUUCAAUAGAAUAUGACCUUGAUUGGAUCUCAAGCUACUCAAAUGGAGUUGGCCCUAAGCACACUUAUAUGUUUAAUCAGGAAGGAGAAGACUUCAACCUUGACAAGCCCUCAAAAUUCGUCGAAAGAUGUCAUGAAUUAGAUAUGAAAGUUCAUCCUUACGUUCUUCAGGAUGAUAUUCUUGUUUAUUCAGAGGAUCCUAUUGACGAGGUAAAAAUUUGGGAGGCUAAAGGUGUCGAUGGAUACUUCACAGAGUUCCCUCAGUCAACUCUAAACACUCUCCUCUACACUAAAUCCCAAAGAGAGUUAACUCUUAUAAAAGAGUAA